GGUGCUUGACUCAUCAAAGUAAAGAGGAAGUUAACUUGGAAUUGUUCAUAAAUUUAUAAAAAAUAUUUUAUAAGAACAAUGUCGGCUGAGCAAGGUUCCAACGGAAAUCUUAAUCCGGAUGAUACGUUUAAGAUUUUAAUUGCAACCGAUAUUCAUCUCGGUUUUUCUUAUAACAAAAGAAGGGGACAGGAAUUAGAUGAUAGUUUUGUAACUUUUGAAGAAAUACUACAAUAUGGCAAAGAACACGAAGUAGACUUUAUACUUCUUGGUGGAGAUUUAUUUCACGAAACAAAACCAUCACAGAUUGCAGUAAUAAAGUGUAUGGAAUUAUUAAGAAAAUACUGUUUAGGUUCCAGGGAAAUCAAGGUACAAUUCCUAAGUGAUCCAGAAGUUGUAUUUAAGCACUGUACUUAUAAAAAUGUAAACUAUGAAGAUCCAAAUUUCAAUGUCAGUAUGCCAAUAUUUUCUAUUCAUGGAAACCAUGAUGACCCAAGCUUUGGAGCUGUUGGAUCUAUGGAUUUAUUAUCAGUAUCCGGCCUAGUAAAUUAUUUUGGAAAAUGGACAGAUCUUACUCAAGUUACUAUUCCUCCAUUAGUAAUGAAAAAGGGUGAAACCCAUGUUGCACUUUAUGGUUUAAGUUACAUAAAUGAUCAAAGAUUAUCACGGUUGAUAAGAGAUUAUAAGGUGGAUAUGUUACGCCCAAAAGAAAUACCAAAUUGUUUUAAUAUAUUUGUUUUACAUCAAAAUCGUGUACAGCGUAAACAGUAUGCAUAUGUUCCGCAACAUAAACUGCCAAAUUUUCUUGAUCUUAUCAUAUGGGGCCAUGAACACGAGUGUCGUAUUACACCAGAGUUUAUAUCAGAGGGUGAAUACUUUAUUUCUCAACCAGGUAGCUCCAUUGCAACUUCCUUAUGCAGUGGUGAAGCAAAACUUAAACACAUUGGUCUGCUGAGCAUAAACGGAAUGAAAUUCAAAAUGAAGAAAUUAAGGCUGCAGACUGUCAGGCCUUUUGCAUUUGACAAUUUGGUUCUUAAAGAUGAGGAUAUACCAAAAAAUUAUACUCAGCCACUCUCUGAAUCUGUGUAUAAUUUUGUUGAUAACCAUAUAGAAAAUGUAUUAAUACCUAAUGCUGCAAAACAACUAUCAGGUCAUCCUAUGCAACCAAUACAGCCAUUGAUUCGUUUAAGAAUAUUUUAUAGCGAAGAAGACGAAAUGUUUGAUGUGAUUAAAAUGGCACAGAAAUACUGUGAAGAAGUUGCUAAUCCUAUGGACAUGAUUAUAUUUCGUAAAGCCACAAGCUACGAUAAGAAAUCAAGGUCUAGUCUUGACAAUAUUAAUGACGAUCUCGAGGACAUCGCUCGAGCUCUCUGUUACAAUGAUGAAGAAGCAGAUUGGAACACAACUGUACAAGGAGAAGUAAAAAAGCACUUUACUUCAGAACAAAAUAAAGAUAAAUUAACGGUACUAACAGUGAACGGCUUAAACGAGGCAUUAAACAGAUUUAUUGACAGAGGAGAUAAUGAUGCUUUUGAGAAUUUAGUAUGCCAUCAAAUGAAAAAAACGGUCACGUAUUUGGAAACUUGUGAUAUUGAUGCUGAUGGAGAUAUCACUGCACAGAUUAAAAGUUUUCGAGAUAAAAGAACAGCGAAAGCACAAGAAGAGGAAGGGGAAAUACGCCAAUUUUUUAACAGUGAAAAUAGAACAACAAGAACAGCUAUCUGUGACUUAUUUAAAGAUAUCGAAAGUCACAAUAGUAGUGAAGAUAAAACAAAUAAAGUUCCUGCUACUAGAGGUAAAGGUAGAGGUACAGGCACGGGAACUAGAGAUAAGGGUUCACCAGGUGGUCGUGGCAGUGCUAAAACAAGUAAUAAAGAUUCUCUUCAUGUAACAACAACACGCCCGUCUAGAGUUACAAAACCGACAAAAAAACAGGAUCAAACAACAUUACAAACCGUCAUGGUUACAUCAUUAAGUCAACAUAAGCAAUCUUCAACAAAAGUCACGUUUAUAAAUGAUUCUGAUUCUGAUUAA